UGAGUUUUUCGACGCUUACUAUCUUCAGACAGUUCUCGGCUGACAUAUUCCAGUCGUACGUCACGACUCGUUCCCUUUACAUCCAAGUCUUAACAGUGGUUGACCUUUAGCUGCGAGUGUAUCGUCUUCAACUGAAACUGGGUUAUCUCACCAUGCAAUUGAAAUAGGCUACCCUCUUAUCGUUUUGAUGGAAUGGUGUUUUUCUACAUAUUUUUGCGUGGCGGAAGUCAUUCUCAUUUGGCGUCUUUACGCCCUAUACAACCGAUCAAAGCUCCUACUCUAUGUUCUACUGGGGUUGUUCCUACCUAUCGUCGCGCUCUAUAUAGGGAUGGAUAUAUAUUUAUAUAGUCGACCCUUAGCGUUCUCGGUGACUGAAAUAAUCACUCCGAACACCAAGUACUGCGCGGUUUCCUUCAACAUGGGGCCUAUGCCUGCGAUAUAUGCUUCCAUCCCCGUCAUAUGCUUUGAUAUCUUCCUACUUUCUCUCUCAGUUGCCAUUCUCGUCACACACUUGAAAGCACAGAGGACACAGAAAAUGAGGCCUAACGCCUAUGUGCUAGUGAUCGUGCGAUAUCAUGUCAUAUACUUUGUUCUGAAUGUGACAAGUCAAAUAUUAUGGGCGAUAUUAUGGGUCAACCUUUCAACCCCGGUGUUCAGCCUCACAGUGACGUUCAUUGAUACCGUACCAGUAAUUAUCGUGCCCCGUCUGAUCAUCAGCAUUUGGGAUACGCAUGCCAACGACAGCUGCGCACGUGUUAGUACGACGUUCGCAGAUUGUGUAUGUUUGACCUCGUUACCGGUAUUCGAGCAGUACGAGAUGGGCACCCGCACAGAAUGGUCCCAAAACCAGGAUGACGCAGGAGUAACCAAUUCACAUAUCUCAUCUGUGUAAGCUAUGCUUACCGCUAAUCGGACACCUCGCUCUGUUUGCUCACGUUUUGUUCGAGAUAACACUUAUAGUUGCUCGCUGCUCAUGUACAUGUAUCGGUUCUUCUUUCUCUCUGUUAUGUAAAUCCAUACUCCUUUCGCGUUCUGCUUUAUGUCCGCAUCUCUCCGAGUGUUAUCACCUGUCCA